UGAAGGCAGGGCCUGGGUCUGCCAUCUCUGUGUCCCCAGCAAUGCUGGGCAUGAGUCAGCCUCAGAAGACAUCUGCUGAAUGGCUGCAAACCAGAGGAAAUAUCUCCAGCCUCAGGCUAGGACCCCUGCCCUCUCUCCUCCCACCUCUGACUUCAUACCACUCACCCUCCAGAGUCUUCAAUGCCCACUAUGACUUCACACAGUUGGCCUGUGACAGGCAAUCAGGUCAUCAUCCACGGCUACCAGGUGUUUCAUGUCUACUGUGACUUCCAGGACCACAAGCCCUUUUGCGCCCACCAUGUCUUCACCUAAGAGAUCUUCAAAGCCCAGUAUGUCCCCGGCACCCAGUGGAUCCUCCAUGCCCACUGCAGAUCUCAAGCCUCCUGCCUCCUUGAAGUCCACCAAAUCAGCAACGCCCAACAGAUCCUUAGUGCCCACCAAGCCAGCGAUAUCCCGCAACUCAGUCAUGAGCCCAAGCAGUUCCAAGUCCACGAAAUCGACCAGUACAAAAAGAGCCCCUCCUAACCAGCCCAGCAGCAGGUCCCGAGUCCGCAGCAAAGCAAGAACACCCAGCAGGGUGAGCACCGACACCAGGACCAGCAAAGCCAGCAAAGCCAGCAAGGCCAGCGGCAUGAGAUGCCACCAGCGGAGGGGCACACACAGCCGGGGUAGGACACCCGGCAGAAGGGGAAGCCGCAGCUCCAAGAGGUCACCCAGCAGGGCCAGCACUCCUGGCAGGAUAAGAACUCAUGGUGCCAGACCAGGCAUGGCCAGCAGGGUAAGAACUCCCACUUCACAGCAAAAACGGAGCCGGGGAAAGAGUUACGGCCGGCCUAGAACCAGCAACAGGGAAAGGAGUGACAGCCAGCCUAGAAAUAUGAGCAAGAAGAGUUACCGCCCACCAGGAGGCUCAGGUAUAGGGAGGAGUUCCGAGCUGGCUGCAACUUCCAGUAGAGCCAAGUGUCAAACCCCGACUGGAAUUCCCUCCAAGGAGAAGAGUGACAACCCAUCUCCAUCGUCAUUAAGGAAGAUGAAGAGCUAUGGUCAGAUGAUCAUCCCCAGUAGGGAAAAGAGUUACAGCCCCACUGAAAUGUCCAGCAGGGUCAAGAGUUAUAACCAGGCCAGCACCCGCAGCAGGCUGCAAAGUCACAGCCAAUCUAGAAGCCCCAGAAGGUCAAGAAGUGGCAGUCAGAAGAGGACGCACAGCAGGGUGAGAAGUCACAGUUGGAAGAGAAACCAUAGCAGGGCAAGAAGUCGCACCCGGAAGGGAAUUCUGAGCCAGAUGGGAAGACACAGCCAGUCUAGAAGCCACAGCAAGGGGAAAAGUCAAAACCAAUCUAGAACCCCCAGAAGAGGAAGAAGUCACAACUGGUCUAGAAACCCCAGCAAGGAAAGAAGUCAUAGCCAUUCUAGAAGCUCCAGCAAAGAGAGAGAUCGCAGAGGAUCUAGCAGCCCCAGGAAGGAGAGUGGUCGCAGUCAAUCUGGAAGUCCCAACAAGCAGAGAGAUCGCAGCCGAUCUAGAAGUCCCAACAAGGAGAGAGAUCGCAGCCGAUCUAGAAGUCCCAACAAGGAGAGAGAUCGCAGCCGACCUAGAAGCCCUAGCAAGGAAAGAGAUCACAGACAAUACAGAAGCCCCUGCAAAGAGAGAGAUCACAGACGAUCGAGAGGCCCCAGCAAGGAGAAAGUUCACAGCCGACUCGGAAGCCCCAACAAGGAGAGAGAUCGCAGCCAAUCUAGAAAACCCAGCGAGGAGAGAGAGCACAGACAAUCCAGAAGCCCCAGCAAAGAGAGAGAUCGCAGACGAUGGAGAAGUUCCAGCAAGGAGAGAGAGCGCAGACAAUCUAGAAGCUCCAGCGAGGAGAGAGAUCACAGCCGAUCUAGAAGCCCCAAUAAGCAGAGUGGUUACAGUCGACCUAGAGCCUUCAGCAAGGAGAAAGCUCACAGCCGAUCUAGAACCCCCAGCAAGGAAGGAAAUCAUGGCCAAUCUAGAACCUCUAGCAAGGAGAGCGACCCCAGUCAAUCUACAAUCCCCAGAAGUCCCGACUGGAAGAGAUCCCGUACCGGGACAAGGAGUCUCAGUCAGAAUAGAACCCCUAGCAAGACAAGCAGCCACUCCCCAUCAACAUUUCCCAGUGGAGGCCAAACCCUAAGCCAGGAUGAUGGUCAAGCCAACGCCACCACCUCUAAGGCCACCUUACCUGGGGAAAGGUCUUCAUCGUCUUCUUCCAAGCUGGCGUAGCCCCCAGUCUCAGCUGGCUCACGGGUCUCUGUCAUGGCCGGGGGAGGGGACAGGAGACAGGAGCAGAGCAGCAGCUGAGCAGCGUCCCUCCCCGGCCAGCUCUCCAGAGCCACACCUCCGGCCACAAGUUCUCUAAUACAGGAUGUUGGCAGGUAGAGAGUGAUGCUGGAUAGGGGGAAAGGAAAGACCUGUGAUGAUUCAAUAAAUUUUUACAUAGCACCCAUCCCCA